AGAAGAAUAUGAACAAAGGAGAUAGAAAUUGCAGAAGAUUAGACAAAGCAAUUGCAGAAAAUUAAAUUCAAGAAGUCGAAGAGAUUGUACGCGCUAAAACUGAAAAAGAAAAAAAAAAAAGGAAAAAAAAAAAAUUAAAGCCUCUGGACUGGCACGUGUGAACAUGGGCCGGUUUUACAUGUAAGUCGGCCUUUUUAAAGAAUUUGUGAAUUACUACGUAUGUGAGUAAUCAAAGACCUAAUAACAAACAAUUUACCAACUUUUCAUCUAACCUACACCCAUUCUCCUUAAUUUUCUCUCUCUUCCCCUUCUACUUCGACAGAACCAAAGUGUCCCCAUUAAUAAACCCCAUCAAAUUCUGUACUGUAUUUACACUCUCCCAUACAGUUAGUUAGAGAGAACUUCGUUUUCAUCGAAACCCAUUCUCUUUAAUCACUCUUUUCUUGUUUUUCUCUCAAUCCUCCAUUCUUCACAUUGGCUUCUAGCAGAUUAUUAAUUGGAUUGACUAGAGCAAGUAGAUUGAAAAUGGCAGCUUCCACAGCAUCAGGGUUGCAAAUGGCUGCAGUAAAGCCAUGUGUGUCUUCCCCUCGCCCUAUCUUUGGUGCCGGUGCUGCAUUUUGCAAUGCUGAUUUGAGACGAGUAUCGUGGGCUAAGCUCACAAGUGCUUGUCAUAUAUCAUCUGUACAGCCUUUCCAGCACAGGUUCUCGUCUUCCUCCUCGAAAUCUGGCAAGGGUGUCAUCAAGGCAAUGGCGGAAUCUAGUGACAAGCCUCUAGGAGGAUUGCCUAUUAACUUAAAAGGUAAGAGGGCAUUUAUUGCUGGUGUAGCUGAUGAUAAUGGAUAUGGUUGGGCAAUUGCAAAAUCUCUGGCUGCUGCUGGUGCUGAGAUUCUUGUUGGAACUUGGGUCCCUGCACUGAACAUUUUUGAAACAAGUCUAAGACGUGGAAAAUUUGAUGAAUCUCGAGUGUUGCCUGAUGGUUCAUUGAUGGAGAUCACCAAAGUAUAUCCUCUAGAUGCAGUUUUUGACAGUCCAGAAGAUGUCCCUGAAGAUAUCAAAGCAAACAAGCGGUAUGCAGGGUCUAGCAAUUGGACUGUGAAGGAAGUUGUCGAAACAGUAAAGCAGGAUUUUGGUAGUAUUGACAUCCUCGUGCAUUCGCUUGCCAAUGGACCUGAGGUCACUAAACCUCUUUUAGAAACAUCAAGGUAUGGGUAUAUGGCUGCAAUUUCUGCCUCAAGUUACUCUUAUGUUUCGCUGCUCAAGCAUUUCCUUCCUAUAAUGAACCCAGGUGGUUCUUCUCUGUCACUCACAUACAUUGCUUCUGAGAGGAUAAUUCCCGGCUAUGGUGGAGGCAUGAGUUCAGCAAAAGCUGCAUUAGAGAGUGACACAAAGGUAAUGGCAUUUGAAGCAGGGAGGAAACGCAGGAUUAGAGUGAACACAAUAUCAGCUGGUCCACUUCGGAGUCGUGCUGCAAAGGCUAUUGGAUUUAUCGAUAUGAUGAUCGACUAUUCUAUAGCUAAUGCUCCAUUGCAAAAAGAACUAUCUGCGGAGGAAGUUGGGAACACUGCUGCUUUCUUGGCAUCACCUUUGGCAUCUGCUAUUACCGGUGCUGUUGUCUAUGUAGACAAUGGCCUAAAUGCAAUGGGAGUGGGCGUAGAUAGUCCUAUUUUCGAGAAUCUUGACAUUCCAAAAGACCAACUUUGAAAUGAUUGUUAGCUAGCACCCCCAUUUUGUGUUAUGAUCAUCGGGAUCUUCAUUCAGCAGUUUGUGUGUCGAGGAUUGGUAAUUGGAGUAGGAUGCUUAUUGUAUCAUUCUUCAUAUCCUUGUACUAGGCCUCUUUAGCCCCUACAUUAUGACCUCUUGUUGCUUGCGGAGGUAGUUCCUAUUAUAUUAUCAUCAAUUGAGAAUUUGAUCACAUAAAUGCCAUCACAUUGAUGUACCCUUUGAAUCUCGAGGCACAAAUUACUAUCCUCUUCUCCAAUAAUUUCAAUUUUAAUUAUCAAAA